AUGAGGCGCUGCUUGCUCGUGAUAGCACACACCGUGUGCGCGGCGAGGGCUCUGGGCCGAAUGCAAGAGCCGCCAGCGAGAGGUUCCUUGUGGAGAUUCGGUUACGAUUCGCCGGUCAAUGUCAACGACAGUUACACCGACUGCGGGGGUACUGAACGCCUCUGGCACCUGAACGGAGGUAAUUGUGGAAUGUGUGGGGAUGCUUUCGAUCUCCCAGUGCCGCGACCCCACGAAAUCGGUGGCGUUUACGGGCAAGGUCUGAUUACGCGGAGAUACGAGCCGGGCCAAUACAUAGAUGUAGAGCUGAACUUCACCGGACAACUCGGGGGCUACUUCCAAUUCUCGGUGUGCAAAAUCGAGGAUUAUCCAGUCGACCGAAAGCGAGCCGUGAAACAGAUCAAGUGCAGAAGCCGACGACCCUUGGACACGGAGGAAACGGGCGAACCGUUGUACUCGAUCACAGUUCCGCGGAACUAUUACAAACUCCGCGUUAAACUGCCCCGUAGAUAUCAGUGUCAUUGGUGCGUUCUCGUGUGGGAGUAUUGGACGGGCUCACCCUGCGGUUUGGACCAGGACUGCAACGUACCUCAAGGUCAACUGAAAUCCUGCGCAGAUAUAAUGAUACUCAACAAUCAUGUCGAAGGGAAGUAUUCUCUCGCGCUGACUACGACAACGACAACUACCGAAUCCGACGAGCCCUUGAAAUUCUCAGAGAGGAAGACAGAAGACGUGAACGUAAACGGCAUCGACUUUUACGCUAAAUAUCUCGUGUGA